AUUAUUCGGAAAUCCAAAUGAAGAUUCCUCUAAUGCAACUGGAAUGAUUGGAAUGGCCAUGCGAGGGGAGGCUGACAUAGCAAUAGGUCCAAUCACUAGAACAGCAGCUCGUCUUAACGUUGUUGACUUUUUGACGCCGUUCCAGGAAGAAGGAAUAGGUUUUGUAAUGAAGAAAAUUGACAGUCCUCUUCUCGAACAAAUGUUUCAUGUCUUCCGUCCUAUUAGUCUCGUAUGUUGGGUUGCCGUAGUUGUUUCCACUGUGUUAACAGGCAUAAUUCUUACAAUCCUUGCCAAACUGAGUCCAUCUGCUGAACACAAAGAGGCAUCGCUUUCACGAAACUUGUGGAUAGCAUUGAGCUCAAUUUUAGGACAAGAGGAUUGUCCUCGACCCACAUUCCAUCAAGGAUAUAUAAUAUUAGGAUUUUGGUGGAUAUUUAUUACGCUGAUCAUGGCUUUGUAUGCCUCGUCCUUGGCGGCAUUUUUAACAGUUCCACUUCCCAAUGCACCUUUAAGGAAUCUGGAAGAGUUGGCUUCUCAGACACAUUAUAAACCUCUUGUCACGCAAGGAACAAACCUUUUUCAUUUGUUUAAGUCUGCAAAAGGGGGACUUCACAAAAGAAUAUGGGAAAUGAUGUCUGACAUGCCAAAGAUUACAGUUAUGGAUGAAGCCUUUUCUUUGGUUGAAACAGGAAAAUAUGCUUUUAUAUCUGACUCAUCUGAACUUCGAUUUGAACUUCGGAAUAAAUGUGACGAGCUGGAAAUUGCACAAGAUUCAUUCUUAUUGACCCAACUGUCUUUCGUUGUCCAAAAAAAUUUUCCGUUUAAAGAUGCCUUCGACCAUCAGUAA